GUAAUGAUUUAAAUCUUCGAUGCUGAGUGUUGGUGCUCCGGCGACAUCCACUGAGAAAUAGCCCUACGUGCUUGCGGACGCCUUUUGAUAUUUUUUCCCAUCUUCUCUCUCUUCCUCUUCUCUUCUCGAAGCAGCUUCUUCUUAAAAUCCCAACGUUUUGCUUGUUUUCUGGGUUUUUUUCUUUGACCAUGGCUUGUUUUGGUGUGAUUUUGGUGCUUUCCUCUGAUCUUUGCAGUGUUUCUCUGGUGUUGGAGGCUAAACGUCUCCGAGGGCGCAAAAAUAGUUUUGAUUUUCAUCUUUGAGGAUUUUGUUUUUCUAAUAGCAGGCACUGCUGCAGGACUAGGAUGACUGGGAAGACCCAGACCAGCAACGUGACCAACAAGAAUGACCCACGUUCCCUCAACUCACGCGUCUUCAUUGGAAACCUCAACACGGCCGUGGUGACCAAGGCUGACAUUGAGGCCAUCUUCGCCAAAUACGGCAAGAUAGUGGGCUGCUCAGUGCACAAGGGCUAUGCCUUCGUUCAGUACGCCAGUGAGAGGAACGCCAGGGCAGCUGUGGCCGGGGAGAAUGCCAGGGUCAUCGCUGGACAAUCACUAGAUAUCAACAUGGCAGGAGAGCCCAAGCCGUACCGGCCUAAGAUGGGCUCCAAGAGGCCUCUCUCAUCCCUCUACAGUGGCUACGAGUUUGACUAUGACUACUACAGAGAUGAUUUCUACAGCCGACUCUUUGAGUACCACGGCCGUGUUGUGCCCCCGACCCGAGCUGUGAUCCCCAUCAAACGGUCACGACUAGUUGUCCCAUCCACACGCAGAGCCAAAUCCUCUUUUCCAGUCAGGGCCUGUUCUUCCUCUUCCUCCUCCUCCUCCUCCUCUUCCCGAGCACUCAAUGUCGGCUCUUCCAUCACUGGCCCUAAACUGAAGACAGACCAACUCCUAACAAUCAAGAAGGAGCUAUCACAGAUCAAGACCAAGAUCGACUCACUGCUGGGGAGGCUGGAGAAGAUUGAGAGGCAACACCGUUCUGAUGCUGAGAUUCAGAGGAAACAGGAGGAGGUGUGUGAGUGUCUCCAUGGUGAUGCAGCAGACCACUCCGGUGGAGAGGAAGUGGAGGGGACGGCUGAGGUCGAGGCAGGGGAGAUGACGGACGGCGGUGAAGACGACUUUGAAGAUGAAGGCACCAGCGACAUGAUAGAGAACCACAUAUCAGACAUUGACAACUGAGCAAGUUGGGAAAAAAGAUGCCUACAAUGCAAGAAGUUCAGAGAACAGAUACCAGCAAAACCUUCUUGAUCAAGGAGGUGUCUUUGACGUGAAAGGAAAGCAAUGAGGGACGUGACUGACAGCCUAGGAAGAGUUUUUCAAACUUGUUUGUUGCUUGUUUGCCUCAUUAGAACAUGACACUCCUGAUGUGUACUUCAUCAAAAUGCUGGGUAUGAAUAUUCUCCAGUCUACUGCAAGAUCAACUGCAAAGAGCAAUCAGUAAUUUCCACUCAAACUGAUAGCCUUUCUGAAAAAUACGGACAACGCAGUGUAUUUUGUCCUUAAUAUAUUAUGGUCUGUAUUGUGCAUAAAAAUGCAGUUAAGUGAUCAGUCAGAUGAAACUGAAAUGAUCUCUUUUGUUGUACCUCAAAUUUAUGUUUUUUUUUCUGUGCAUUGAGAACUGUGACAUGCCAUGAUGCUGGCAGAGAGCUAAAUCUGACUGUAAGAGUAAUGCAUUCUCUUUGACACUCAAUAAUUAUGUGAUUUGUUUUAUUUACUUUGCUUGAUUUACUACAUUUUAACGAAAUGUACCGUCUGUAAUUUAUUCACAAUGUCUUCAAACCCUAUUGUAUGCAUACUGCGUUUGUAAUUUGUUCUACAUGAUAAGAUCCAUUUUGAAUUCUUUACAUUCUGUUUAUAAAAAUGAAAAGAUUUGCUAUUAGCAUGUUUAAAAUGUGGCUAUUAUGGAUCAUUUGUAUUGAUUAUGUCUGUUGUACAGCCAUGGAUGAUUAGAGUUUUUGACAUAAACCUGCUCCCACCCAAAAAAAGGUGUUGUC